GAAAACUGACCUUAACUGUUGUUUUUUUCCGUCUAUAGAAAAUAAGAUGGGUGACCUAUUGGUUCAGGCUUCAAAAUACAACCUUGUUCUUCUACACGCAGAAGAACGGCAGCGCUUCACAUUUGAGAGGCUACUACUACAUUUACACGGUGCAGUCAGUACGAAAGGUCCAGAGGGUGGACAGUAAGCGCUUUAUGUUUGAGAUCAUCAUGACCAAUGGAAAGAGGAAAGUGUUGGCAGCAGAGACAGCAGCUCUCAGAGAAGAGUGGGUACGACACUUGUGGCAAGCCAUGAAUCUUUCUACGUCUGUAUUGUCAGAGUCCAGAAGCACACGGCUUGAAGUGUGUGAGCAGCGAGAGAGAUUAAACAGCAGCGUACCCGUCGGCUCACACAGUGACAGCGUGAUGGAGUUGCUGCCUGCUCGGCCCCUCUCUGCUCCUGAUCCCACGGGCCACAUCCUCCACGAGACCCCUGUCUGCCCGUCUGAGGCGCUGAUCAGCGAGGAGGCCACGUACCAAAACACACAGCCACUCUGUAGCCACCAGCAUCACAGUGGUGAACAUCUCAACGGUUCUCAGGGGUCCAGUGUGUUGAACAAUGCAGAGUCCAUGCAAGAAGGAGACUAUGACAUUUUACCACUCAGAAACAGUCUCAAUGGUUCUCCGUGGUCCAGAGGGUUGAACAAUGCGGAGGGCAGACCAGAAGCAGAUUAUGACAUUUUACCACUUAGAAAUAAGGUAUUUGAGGUCAACGCUUCUGCAGGGACGGACGAGGGCGUGUACGACUUUCCCCUCUCAUACAGGAGGACUGCUGAACAUCCCAACCCCACAGAGAGCAUCUAUGAUGUGCCGAGCUCUCUUCUGAGGAGGAUGCCUGAUCACACUUUAGAAAAUCAACCGGACGACGGCGUCUACUGGAGGAUAUGAGGUCCAGUUUGAGGACACCAGACAGGAGGGAAGCGGCAGCCUCGUCUGACUCACCAUACAUGCAAGUUUUGGACCAGACACAAUUCUUCACACAGAAGGUGGUUGCUGCCUAAUAUCUCCUAAGUCUAAGUAACAUUUUUCUACCCUGUUAAACUUUUAAAUGCAAAACAACAUGCACAGCCACAACAGACAGGUUAGGUUCAGGUAUUUAUUUCAGCUACAGAGAACCACAGUCAUUUCUAACAAUAGAGAACACGCUGUACAGAAAUGUCAACACACGCUCUGUGGGUCAGUCACACUGUAGUUCACAACUGUAAAAUGACUUAUUGACAUGUCACCUGCUUCACAGUUUCAAAGUAUACACCACCAAACAUAUUGCUGUAUUACACACUUUGGACUGGUUUGAAUGGGAAUGGUUUGAGCUUGG